AUGGCGCCUCCCAAGAAAUCAAAGAAAAGCAAGAAAGAUAGGAAAUUCAAGAAAAACUUAAGCUUGGUUCCAGUCGAGCCUAAAGCCGCAGACUCUGACUGGUGGGAUAGUUUCUUCAACCCAAGGCUGUUGGAAAAAUCGGCUUACGCGCUAGGCGGCCACCUAGGCGGGUCUAGGCGGAUAGGAAAGCUGAAAAAGGGGCUUAAUCCAAUGUCCUUUGGAGACCUUGUGUUUGUGUCUCCUUAUCUGACAACAGCUUUCAAAACUGGAGAAGGAAUAGCAGUAGGGAGAAGCUUUUCCAUGAUCAAGAAUUACCACAUUGAUGGGAACAAAGAAAUGAUUGCCAUUGGGAUGAUGAACAUUGCUGGUUCUUGCACUUCUUGCUACCUCACCACAGGGCCGUGUUCCAGAUCAGCAGUUAACUGCAAUGCAGGAUGCAAGACGGCAAUGUCAAACGUUGUCAUGGCAAUUGCGGUUAUGUUCACAUUGUUGUUCCUCACUCCUCUAUUCCAUUACACUGCCCUGGUUGUGCUGUCUGCUAUUAUAAUAGCCGCCAUGCUCGGCCUCAUAGACUAUGAAGCCACAAUUCACCUCUGGAAGGUUGACACGUUUGACUUUGUUGUCUGCAUGAGUGCCUGUAUCUGUGUCAUUUUUGGCAGCGUUGAAAUCGGCCUAGUCUUAGCGGUACCUACGACUAUAUGUCACACAAGUUGCAAUAUCUGUUACCUCACCACAGGGCCGUUUUCCAGAUCAGCAGUUAAGUACAAUGCAGGAUGCAAGACGGCAAUGUCAAACGUUGUCAUGGCAAUUGUGGUUAUGUUCACGUUGUUGUUCCUCACUCCUCUGUUCCAUUACACUGCCCUGGUUGUGCUGUCUGCUAUUAUAAUAGCCGCCUUGCUUGGCCUCAUGAACUAUGAAGCCGCAAUUCACCUCUGGAAGGUUGCAAUAUCUGUGAUCAGGGUACUUUUGUUUGUGGCAAGGCCAAGGACUUUUGUUCAAGGAAACCUUCCGAAUUCCAUGGUUUACAGAAACGUUGAGCAGUAUCCCAAUGCAAGCAAUGUUCCUGGAAUUCUCAUACUUGAGAUUGACGCUCCCAUUUACUUUGCAAAUACCAACUACUUAAGAAAAAGGAUUACAAGGUGGAUAAAUGAUGAGGAAGAUAGGAUCAAAUCUGCAGGGGAAAGUAGCUUACAAUAUGUGAUAUUGGAUAUGACUGCUGUUGGUAACAUAGACACAAAUGGGAUAAGCAUGUUUGAAGAGGUCAAAAAGCUUGUUGACAGAAGGGGGCUCCAGCUUGUACUGGCAAACCCAGGAAGCGAGGUGAUGAAGAACAUGAACAAGUCAGAGUUGAUUGAGAAAACAUGUCAAGAAUGGAUUUAUCUCACAGUUGCAGACGCUGUUGCAGCGUGCAACUUCAUGCUUCACUCCACCAAGCCCAACCCCGGAAAAUAUCAAGAACCAGCUGCAUGGAACAACGUUUGA